AUCUCUCCCAGUGUUCUACGAUGAAUCAGGAACAGGCAGAACUAGAACCUGCUCAGAUUAAGGAGGAGCAGGAUGGACCAGAAGGUUAUCAGAUUGAAAUGGAGCAAUAUGAACCGAAAGAUCCUCUUAUUAAAGAGGAGCAGGUGGAACCAGAACCUCCUCAGAUUAAAGAGGAGCAAGAUGGACCAUAUGAUCUCCAUGUUAAGGAGGAGCAGGAUGGAUCCGAACCACCUUUCAUUAAAGAGGAGCAGGAUGAACUUGAUGAUCCACAGAUUGAUGAGGAUCCGGAUGAACUAGAAGUUCUGGAGAUUAAGGAGGAAAACGAGGAGCUCUGCAUCAGUCAGGAUGAAGAGCAGUUUGAGACUGAUGCCUUGAUGGAUACUCUUAGCUGUGAGGAAUAUGAGCUCAGCGAAGAAGAUCUGAAUAGUCACCAGGGCUUUAGUGAUAGUCAGGAUGAAGAAGGAAGCCAACAUGAAGAAUCAACAUCAACUACAGAUGAAGAGACAAACCCACAGAACAGAGAUCAGAGGAAGAGAAGAGACAGAAGUCAUGACCAAAGUAUAGCCAUGUCAGAAAAUCAGUGUUACUCUGAUGCUGGAAAACAGCCCAAACAAACCCCAAAAGAUAAGAAACUCUCCUGUGGAAGAUCUGGACAAACUUCUAGUCGUUCUCGUAAUGAAUCUGUCAACCUGAGUGGUAACUCUGGAGACAAACCUUUUACCUGUGAAGAAUGUUGCAAAAGUUUUAGACGACUGUGUCACCUUCAAGCCCACAGGAGAAUCCACACAGGAGAGAGGCCUUUUUUCUGCAAAGAAUGUUUCAAGUGUUUUCGAGAAUCAUCUACUCUCAGAAGACACAUGAGGACCCACACAGGAGAGAGGCCUUUCUUUUGUCUACAGUGUCAUCAAAGUUUCAGUCAAAUAUCUAUCCUUAGAACCCACGUGAGAACUCACACGGGUGAGAAGCCUUUUCCGUGUAAAGAAUGUGAUAAAAGUUUUAAUGAGAAAUCCAGUCUGAGAAAGCACAUGACCACCCACACAGGAGAGAAGCCCUUUGCGUGUCAAAACUGUGACCAGAGGUUUUCUCGAAAGUCUGUUCUCAGGACCCACAUGAGGAUACACACCGGUGAGAAGCCUUUCGCAUGUACCGAGUGUCACAAACUUUUUAGAGAAAGAUCUUACCUUAGGAAGCACAUGACAACCCACACCGGAGAGAGGCCUUUUGCCUGUCAAGACUGUGACCAGAGGUUUUCUCGAAAGUCUGUUCUCAGGACACACAUGAUGAUACACACAGGAGAGAAGCCUUUCGCAUGUAAGGAGUGUCACAAACAUUUUAGGGAAAAAUCUUCCCUCAGGAAGCACAUGAUGACCCACAGCAGAUAACUUAUGCAGUGUCCGCUGCUGGGUUGUAGUGGGGCGGGGCUUCCCGACACUUCAAUGGUGGGUGGAGAUAGUUGGUUUGUGGUAAAUCUCUGCUAAUAUAGUAUUCUAAUAUGACCUGGAAUUCUGAAGGAACUUGAUUUGUCUCCAAGUUUACUUCAAUAUUCAGAACUGAGAUUUAGGUUCUCUACCUGAACUCUGCAGGACUGAAUUAAUAAAUAAACAUAUUAUAUUCUGCUACAUUUGAAGUCAAAUGUUCCCAAGUUAUAUUUUAUGAAGAACUACUUCAUAAUUCGAAAUUCGGUUAACUCUUCUAUACACUUUUUAAAAUAUGACAAAAAGAAAAAUCUAUUUUUCUUUUUUCCAGUUUAUGUCAUGAACUAAUGUGCUUGUUUCUGAUGCUAAAAAGAUUGGUAUGUGUGUUAAAGUCAGUUUAUACUUCACAGCAAUUUGCCAUUGCAUCAAUUGUAUCUCCAACCACGUGGUCUAGUUCAUACUAAUAUUGGCUGGUUUUGCUUGCAACUGUCUGUGAAAACUGCAAUGAAAUUUUAAAGAACUCUGGCUGGAAAUCAAGAGUCUGAUCUUAGAGUCACAAUAAGCAAAGAUCUCUGCUAUUGUUGGAAUGAGUCUGAACUUCCAAAAAACAUGGACCUUCUUCCAUAUGAGAUCUGUUUGAUUUUCAAGACGGAGCUUUCCUUGGAUCCGCAGUAAAGACUUUGAAGAAGAGGAAACAUCAGCAGACUUUUGUGGAAAUAUUAAGAUUGUUCUGGAGGAAUUUGACAUCAGAAAUGAAGACGAUGGAAACAAACAUUCAAGCAUUAGAUCUUCUGUUACAGUAAACGGACUAAAGCUCAGAAAAAGAAAACAACCUUCAGCAUGAAAAUUUUCAGAAUGCAGCAGGAGAACAUCAGCCACAUAUCUGGAGUUUAUUAUCAAUACAACUUUGUCAUAUUGAUCGGAACACAACUAAAACGCAGACUCUGACCUCAGAGUAUGCAGCCCGGUCGUCUCCAGAAAACCCCACAGUUGAAGAAAUCCUAAAUCCUUCAACUUUUUCCAGCUCAGUCAGUUUUGUCAGAUUGGACUUCAGUGCUGAUCCCAUAGCUUCACAUCUGAUCUCUGACAAUCUGCUGUAAAUCAACCUGAAAACAGAUAGAAAAGAGUGUUCAGGAGCAGUGAUGAAGUUCCAGGAAAUUGGCUAAUUCGUUUAGGUGGAACCUGUCAUGACGAGACAUUUUAAAUUUUGGUUUAAAAAGGAUCAUAACCUGUAAAUACAAAGGUAUUACACCUUUUGAGGACAUCUUUUUAAAAUUUUCUUUCAUUUGGACCCACUUACAAUUAAAAUGAAACAUACUUUAAUUACUUUAAAGUUUCAAUCCAAGUAUACUUUGUCUACUAUAAAAUUGUUUCUAGUGGUCUUUUAAUUAUGAUUAUGCAGUUUUUAGCAAAAAUCAAAAAGCCUGUGUUAAUUUAUAAGAUAAUAUUUUCUGCAGAGCAGCGGGAGCUCAUUAGAAAUUCACCUCUGGGUUGUGGGCUGGACUGUUGGCGCAGAAGUUGAAAUCCUACCAUGCCUUUAAUUACACUCCCUCGCUAGUUUUACAGUUCUUUGCAGCCCCAAGCUAACAUUAGCAUAGCAAAAAAGGCAAACAAUAUCAGAACUAUCCAGACGUACAGAAUUGAGCAAGAUGGCAGCCCAGAAAGGAAAAUGAAGACGUUAAUGGAUCCAUGUGUCUUCAAGUGGAGGAUUUGAGUUGAAGUGAAGCAGGGAGACUUGGUCCUGCCCAUGGAGUUGCUGCGUCCUAAACCCGAGCUUUUUCAAACUGCAGGUUUGAAAAGCAGUCUUAAUCUCAAAUUCUUCUAUCAAAAGAAACAUGCUACAAGAACCAGUACACAACUGCAAAAAUACUUUAUUUUAUUUUUAGAGUGGGCUUUAAUCUGAAGUUCUGUAACCUGUUAAACACUGGCCCACUCCUUGGACUCUUUCUUCUCUUACCAGAGAAGUUGUCUUAGCAAUAGAUUUUGCGCACUACUAUGCUCCUCUGAGAGAUUCAUAAAGUCCAGUGGUCCCAAUGCAGUUUGAUUCUUCAGUGCUACUGGGAGAGGAGGAGGUUAGUGGAGAGCACACUGAAUCGUCCAACUUAUCCUGUUUUUUUUUGUUGUUUUUUUGUGAUGUCUUAAUUCUUUUUUAAACACUAAUUAUUCUUGUCUGUCUUAUUUGGGGUAUUUUUGGUGUUCUUCACCAAUGUGUUAUGUGUUUUUAAAAGGUGAUCUUUUAAUGUUUUUUUUUUUUUUUAAUCUAGUGUGUGAUUCUGAUGUAAUAUAAAAAUACACAGUCGUGCAAUUUCCCUCGGGAUCAAUAAAGUAUAUAUUAAAUUCAA